AUGCCUCUGCACCUUUCACCACCACCGUUUGCUCUUCAUUUCAGAAGAUCUGACUGGUGGUGGGAGGAGUCUGCCCGUCGCCCCCCUGUGGCGUGUUGCCGCGUGGAAUCAGGUCUUUAUGUCGCGCCAGCGUGCGCGCGCGCCUUGCGCUCUGUGCCAUCCCAUUUCCGGGUCGGGCGGAGCGUGAGCGGACAGGGGCAGCCAUGGCGCAGGAGCAAGACGAAGUCCCCAGGCCCGCCAGCAGGGAGGGCUCGGCUCUCCCGGAAGAAGGGGGCCGCCGCCGCCGCCUGGGGGGGCCGCGCAGGAGGCCGAAUAAUCGCUCCCAAAAAAGCUCGAGUGAUCCAGCAGCAGAAGCUAAAGAAGAACCUUGAGGUCGGCAUCCGUAAGAAGAUUGAGCACGAGGUGGUGAUGAAGGCGAACGCCAGCCAGCCCAAGAAACUGAGCCUGCUGAAGACACCGAAAGCAGAGGCCAAGAAGGAGCCCGGUCCCUCCAGCCAGCCUUAGCUGCCCUUUGCGUGGAUGGCAAUGGGCCGCUCUGUGUUCCAGGCGGGCAACCUUUCGACUUUCCCAGGUGGUCACCUGUCUGGUGAAAAGCUUCCUUUCCCACGAGAAGCCAUCUGGACUGUUGAGCGCGGAGUUGUUUAUUCCAGGGUUAGGAAAAGAGCUUUUCUUGGAAACUGUUCUGCGACAACCUCGCACAGCUUUAUCUAUGUGACUGGGGCAAGGGAAGCCGUGUGCUGUGGGUCUUCAGCUAUCCCAGGUUGAGAGGACUAGACAAGAAGGUGUCAUAUCUAGGCCUGGUGGGGCACCUUCCCCCGCAGCGUUCUUUUUAUAUAGAUAUAGAUAUAUAUAAAUGCUUUAUUGAGUUUUCAAAAAUACACAAAAUUCAAAUCAUACAUCCAUCAACAUACGGCUCAUAAGUCAAAAGGAAAAAGAUGUAGUAGAAAAUGUAGGAGUUCCAUUUGUAGAUUCUUAGUUUUAUUCAUAGUUGGUCAAUGGCUGGAGCUCUUCCAUGUUCCUGAUCUCAGCAGGGCUGUCCUUCCCAAAGGCUCAGAUCCUGAUAACGGGGGAGACACCUGGUCAGAAACUAACUAGGCUUAUCUCGAGGGCCCUCCCCACUUGUCUGUGGGGGCGGGAGGAGAAAAUAGUUUCUCCAGGCAAGGAUUAACCAGGAUUCUUCUUACGAGCUUGACUGGAAGUCCUCCAAAGCAUU